CAUUAGAAACCAUAUGGAAAAGCUCCUCCUACAAAAAAAAAAACAGAAGAAAGAUUUUUUUUCGAUUUGCAAAACUAAAAUGGAGAUUGAAAAAAUAUCAGAAAGCUGUAUUAAACCUUCUUCACCGACACCUCCUCAUCUCAAAACCUACAAGAUUUCUUUAUUAGAUCAAUUUCUAGCCUACAACGCCGACAUUCCAUUGAUCCUCUUCUACCUCAACGACCAUCCCCAUCUUGCCGAUCAUGAUUUCAUCUCCGAAAGAUCAGAACUGCUUAAGCAAUCAUUAUCCAUCGCCUUAGCACAUUAUUACCCGCUCGCAGGCCGAAUCAAAGACCAUCUUUCGGUUGAUUGUAACGAUGAAGGUGCAUACUACGUCAAGGCGCGAGCCAGUAUUGCUCUUUCUGAAUAUCUUACAGAACCGGAUCAUCUCACGUCCAUGUAUAAGUUAUUGCCAAGGCAGCCGAGUUCCUACGAAUCAUCAGCCCCCGGGGCGUAUCCCGUAAUGAUUCAGGAAACUGCCUUUGCGUGUGGCAGCGUCGCUAUUGGCGUAUUUGCUUCUCAUAUGGUUAUGGAUGCAGGUUCAAUGAUUUCUUUUAUAAAAACUUGGGCUGCCAUCACUAGUAGUAAUACUGGUGUUAGUAGAGAAAUUGAAUCUCCAAUUUUUGAUGGUCAAUCUGUAUUUCCACCGUAUGUUGGGUUCCCGAAAGAAGCAACUAUGGUAGCAUUCGAUGAAUUCUUGAUCCAGACAGGGAAUCUUGGUACGAGGAGAGUUGUGUUCAGCGAGUCAGGUAUUGCUAAACUUAAAGCAGAAGCUGCUAAUUCAACUGUCGAGAAGCCGACACGGAUCGAGGCGGUUUCUUCUUUUCUUUUCGAGUGCAUCUCGUAUACCCUCAAUGCAAGACGAGAUAUGCACGACAAGUCACUUGCAUUCACGUAUAUUACAACCUUACGCCAUAAAACUAUACCACCGCUGCCCAAAAAUUUAUUCGGAAACUUCAUAGUGAUGGCGCCUGGUCUAUGUUCCCCUGAUGAAAUGAAACUGACAAGCUUAGCCUGCAAAGUAAGGGAAGCAAUACAGAAAAUUGAUGUUGAAUUUGUGAAGAAAGUGCAGAGUGAUGGAGGAUUUUCGAUGCUUAACGAGAAGAUGAAAGAGGCGACCAAAACAGUUAAUUCGGAUGGAGUAAAUUUUGUUAUGAUCAGUAGUCUGUGCAAUUUGGGAAUUUAUGAUAUUGAUUUUGGAUGGGGAAAGCCUUUGUGGGUGACUUGCAUUGAUUUACCACCUAAUUCCACAAUUUACGUCAAUUCGAUUGUUCUUCUGGAUUCGGGCAAAGGGAGAGGAAUUGAAGCUUGGGUUUUUCUGGAUGAACAAGACUUAGUUUUGUUUGAAAAAUAUGAGAAGCUUCUUCAACAUGCUCUUAUUAAUCCAUGUCCUAUCUCAAACCAUCUUCAGGCACCUUCAAGUGCAAUGUAAACGCAGCAGUCAGCUUCGAUAAGCUGGCUUUCGCUCUUUAAGUUUCGUUGUAAGAGAUUAUAAGCAGUGUGUUCUGCCUGUCAAGAAGUCUUUGAACCUCGCUUUGUUGAAGUAUGGGUGUUCGUGAGGCAUUAAACUGAUUAAAAACCCAUCUUUCAUUUGUUUGUAUUGAAUCUGAUUGCCCGAAUUUUAUAUAUCCAUGCUUUGAAUAAUAAAAAUGAUUUUUGUCCUAUUUAAA